AAUAGUUUAUUGUUUCUAGUGCUGCUUGGACGUAAAGUGUGUAUAUCAUUCAGAGUUUUAAAAGGUAAUAAAAAAUGGCAGUGGGUUCGUGGUAGAGCAUACUCMAUCAUCGCUAAUGGUAAAGUUGAAGGAAUGGUAUCAAAGAAUAUUUUUUUGAGUGAGGAGGAAGGCAAAUACUUUAAAGAGCAAGACAUGAAGGACAUAAUGGAAUGGAAGACACAAAAUGCUCUUAUUUCUCCAUCAUCUCAAGACUUUGAUUCACCAAACAGUGGCCCAAUGAGUCCAUGUAGCGAGAAAACGUUAUUUCAUCCUGUUCAAGUUGCACCUUUCCCAACAUGCGAGGUACCGUCACAAGCCAGCACAAGUACAACGCCGAGCAGCUUGACGAACGAACUUCCUCAAGACUGUCCUCUAACCUUACCGAACAAGAAAGAGAGAUCGUCAUGUCUUGUAAACGAUAAUCCUCCACCGUUCAAAGACAUUCCUGAUAUCGACACUGACACAAUGCUAAGGGUUAUCAAAGAUCUGCAGAACUCUCUUAUUGACAGUAGUAAAACACCCCCUCAAUACCCCCCUGAUAUGGACAUGAUUACCGGACCAGCUAUGGACGACAUGGAGCAGCAUUUACUUGAGAAUGGUUUACCGCUUCUCGACAUGCCCCCCAAUUCCUCAUUACAUUUGACCAAGAAYUUUUGCUCUGAGCCGGCCAGCAUACACGAAAUACAUCAGGGGUUUCAACACCAAGUACCUGAAUCAAUUUUCCGAUAUACUGACAAUAUAAUGAAUGGUUUUCCUGUUAUUGCSCCUCAGAGUUGUGUCGAUAUGCAGCAGUUAAGUGAAAGAACGCCUAUCGCUCGAAAUAUGAGAACAGAGAAUGUACGACAGCCAAGUGACAAUAAAAGAUUAAACAUGGACGAGAAUUCCUUGGCUGAUUUUGUCCCUCUACCGCUAGUAGAAAUUGAAAACAUAUUAUCGAAUGACGAACACGCGUGCUCAGUGACAUCAAACAGUGCGUCGUUAAAUUUUGCCGAGCCGAUGGAUAUGAGCCCGCGAUGUCAAUAUACGAAUUAUUUCAAUGUUAACCAAAUGGAUCAAUUUUAUGGCGGGUCAGCGGUCCAAGUUUCACGGCCUGAAAACGAGCUUGUUGCUAUUUCCAUGGAUUGCAACACAGACUUCCCUGGCCAUGUAGCGUUAGAUGAUAGGGUCCACCCAGCUAGAUAAUCAUGGAAAGUGGACUGAUAUUACUGAUAUUACAACAGUAACGGACUAAACAGUUAUAAGAUAAACAAAGAAAUUACUAAUGGACGACAUCGGUUUUCUUUUACGAAUCCGUGUAUGAUGUUAUGUCAUUCUUCUAAAGCAUGGCUUACACAUUCCAAGGAAGUAAAAAAAAUGUGUUUUUAACACCGUUUCCAAUACACCAGCAGCCGUGUCAAGGAAGGAAAGCAUGCUGGGUAAUCUCCUGACUUGUGAUGGUUACACUAAAUGUCUCCAAACACGAACGACGGAACAUGAAUUUCUCUGACAAAGAUUGCUUAUUAUUUCGACAUUUUGUGUUUGAAAUAAGAUGUGCUUAUCAAAACCAGCUUACUUGCCACUGGCCUGUACAUGGUAGAGUGAAACAAAAAAACAACAAAAAAACCGUGAAAUAUAUAUUACUCUGCGGUUUUUGUUUCACAUUUGGCUGAAACUGUAUAUUCGGCUGGCUGGACCAGAAUCUUUACUUUCUUCUUUCAUACGCUUACGUGCUCCUUCACACUGCUUUUUAAAAAUUGUGCUUUGUUAUCAAUGGAAUUGCUGCAAUUCCCUGCUGUAUUAURUACUGUGAAUCACAUUGAAUAAUGCUAAUGCUGGCUGUCAUUUGCAAACCACGCAGUGAAAAUUCCCGUGAACGGAUUAUUCCUUUUGUUCCCCUUUCGUUACUCUAUUUUCACGUAACUUUGUGGUUACGUCUAAGAAUUCUGCCAUAUACCAUCCUUUUAUUUGGGGCCUUUAGUAUUAUAGAGGUUGGUGGUCGGUUGUGAAUGUAUCGCUGGGUUGAGGAAAAUCGCCGAUUUGGCAUCGUGAAAUAUUGCAUUUAAAACAAUAUCGAAAAUUAACGGUUAAUAUGGCUAUUCUCAUCUUUUUAGCGGCGGUUGACGUGGAAAAACUUUUUGCGGUAUGACAGCCACCUAUGUAUUAUAUCACUCGUCCACAAACAAUAUAAUCUUAUUAAAAUAAGUAAAUAUGCUAGAA